CAUGUGACUCGCGCUCUCGGGAAGCAGGAAGCCCAAACCGCGCCGAGUCAAAAUGUUUCGAUGGAGUUGAAUGGACAAACAUUUCUUUCGAAUGUAUUAUAUUCAUUUGAAAGACGUCCAACUAGCGGCCGGCUGCAACUUUUCCGCGCACGGGAUGGCUCAGUGAUUCCCCUUCAGGACUUUUUAGCGCCGCCAUGGCGCUGCCAAGCAGCUACUCCAUCAACGCGGCUCCGUCGGACGAGAGCGAAGACAACGAGCCGCUCCUCGGCGAUGACACAGUUCCUCCUCAGUGCUGCUCGGCGCGCCUCAAUCUGGCCGUCCUGAUGUUCCUGGGCUUCUCCGUGGUCUACGGCUUGCGCGUCAACCUCAGCGUGGCCAUGGUCGCCAUGGUGAACACCACCGAUUCGGGGCCGGGCCGCAACAGCUCCGUCGCCCACGCUUGUCCUCUUCCUCCCGGGUCUGAGAACAGCAGCGGGACAUUUGAGCAGCCUGACGGGACCCCCCAGUACCCGUGGGACUCGGAGACUCAGGGCUGGCUGCUUGGGGCUUUCUUCUUUGGCUACCUGUGCACACAGAUCCCAGGGGGUUACCUGUCCGGCCAUUAUGGAGGGAGCGUCUUCCUAGGUUUGGGCGUGCUGAGCACGGCCGCUCUCACCCUCCUCACCCCCCUGGCCGCCCAGUGGGGGCCCUACUGGCUGUUUGGAUUGCGAGCCCUGGAGGGACUGGGGGAGGGUGUGACGUUCCCCGCCAUGAUGGCGAUGUGGGCCCGCUGGGCUCCGCCCUUGGAGCGCUCUCGCCUGAUCACGAUCUCGGGCUCCGGGUCCAACUUUGGAGCCUUCUUGGCUUUGCCUCUCACCGGCUACCUCUGCCAAGCGCUGGGCUGGCCCGCUGUCUUCUACCUCUGCGGGGGCGCCGGGUGCCUCUGGGCGGUCCUCUGGUUCCUGUUGGUGACGGACGACCCCCGCACUCAUCGGCGAAUCAGCAAAGAGGAGAGAGAUUACAUCGUCGACUCCAUCGGGCGCCAGGGCGGGGGCCACGGCUGGUCUGUGCCCCUCCUGCGCAUGAUGAUGUCAGUGCCGCUGUGGGCCAUCAUCGUCACGCAGAUGUGUUCCAACUGGUCCUUCUACACACAGCUCACCUCCCUGCCCACCUACAUGAACAACAUCCUGCACUUUGACCUCAAGUCGAACGGCUACCUCUCCGCCCUGCCCUACCUGGCCGCCUGGCUGUGCUCCGUGCUGUCCGGCUUCCUGGCCGACAGCCUCAUCGAGAAGAAGGUGUUCAGCGUCACCACCAUACGCAAGCUCUUUACGCUCACAGGUAUGCUGCCGCCUGCCGGCUUCCUGCUCGCCGUGGCCUACGCCGGCUGCAGCCACGUCCUCACCAUCACCUUCCUCACCCUGUCGUCGGCCGUCGCCGGCGCCAGCGCGCCCGGGGUCUUCAUCAACCAGAUAGACAUCGCCCCCAGGUACGCUGGCUUCCUCCUGGGAAUCACCAACAUGUUCGGCACCAUCCCUGGAGUCAUCGCCCCGAUUGUUACGGGAUAUUUCACCGAGGACCACACCUUGGCUGGCUGGAGGACAGUGUUCUGGGUCUCCGCCGCCAUCAACGUGGGCGGCGGUUUCUUCUACACGCUGUUCGGCAGCGCCGACAUCCAACCGUGGGCCGUCGCUGAGGACGACGACCAGUGCGCCGAAAGGGAGCGGAAGCCCUCCAACUCCACGUGAACCCAAAAUGUUCCAAAGAGCUGGGCCCCACCCUGCAUCAAGACCUUUGGAGGAAACUACCUACUUCUACUGCUACAAACUAGCAACUAUGCAGUUUACUUUCCGCACAACACAGCUAGUAUUUAACAAUCUAAAGGUUGUUGUUACUCUGUAAUGUAUUUAUUUUUUUAUACAUACCGUAUUUUUCGGAUGAAAAGUCACAGUUUUUUUCAUAGUGCGACUUAUACUCUCGAGCGAUUUAUGUGUGAAACUAUUAACGCGUUACCGUAAAACAUCAAAUAAGAUAGAAGAGGAAACGGCACGUUGUGUAUUUUUUGGAGUUGGCAGAGUUGUUUAGAAGCGACACCGAGGAAGAUUUCAUCGGAUUUAGUUUAGUUUAGUCUUUAUUUGAAGGGACAACGCACAAAAAACUUUAAGCUCAAAGACAGAUAUGUUCUGUUCCAGAUUAUAACUAAAUAGCUAAUUUCCAUCUGCAAUCCCUGGUUACCUAAAUAAAAGGGAUACAAAAAUCAUGCAAUAAAAUUAGGACAAUAAAAUCAUAUCAUAGCAUGUAAUCAAAUUAAGAAAAGUCAUAACGCCAUUAGACUGUACAACUCCUCUCUAGGGCGGGGACGGGGGGUACAAGGAUGACAGGGGAUGCAAAACAUUAACAGUGCAAUACGUUUUUCAUAACAUGGUCACUAAUGCCUACUUUGUCUUGUUAUAUUCUUAUUUUACUCUUAUAUUUUUAUUCCCAUUGUUGCUUUUUAUUUUUUUAUUCUUGUUGCAAUAUUUCUCUAUUUUGUUUCCAUUUAAACCCCCAUUAUUUACUUUUUACUUUUAUUUAAAUUGAUCUCAACUCUGUACACUGCUGUUGGAAUUUUAAUUUUCCUGAAGGAACUCUCCUGAAGGAAUCAAUAAAGUACUAUCUAUCUAUCUAUCUAAAAUGCCCUGCUUCAAAUACAAUACAGCCACACCUCAUUUACAUCAUCACACAAUUACAAUACAUGCUCUUGUUCACAUCUGUCAUCAUCAUAUUAACAGACACACCUCACAAUUUAGAACAAAAAUGCUCUCAUGGAUAAAUAAAACAAUUUAAGUUGAUGUGUCAAACAUAGUGUCCACCUUAUUGACUGUGUGAGCAGCUUUGAUUGCUCCAAAGCCACUUUUUAACUUCAACAGUGAAUGAAGAGUAAUCUGUUUGACUUUUCAAGUUUGUUGUGAGGUUGUUCAAUUCCUUUAUGGCUUUAUAUGAAAAAGCUGAUUGUGCCAAAGAUGAUUUACAUCUGGGUACGCUACGCUGCCCCCUGGUGGACGCUUGUGUGUUUCCAGUUGUCACAGCAAAUGUAAACUGGACAACGUGCUUAAGUGGCGAUUAGGAGUGACAGAUUGUUUGGUAAACAUAUAGCAUUUUCUAUUUGUUAUAGUUAUUUGAAUGACUCUUACCAUGAUAUGUUGCUUUAAUACACCAGGCACCUUCUCAGUUGGUUAUUUAUGCCUCAUAUAACGUACACUUAUUCAGCCUGUUGUUCACUAUUUUUUUUUUUUUUAAUUGCCUUUCAAAUGUCUAUUCUUGGUGUUGGAUUUUAUCAAAUAAAUUUCCCCCAAAAAUGUGACUUAUACUCUAGCGAGACAUAUAUGUUUUUUUUCCUUCUUUAAAAUGCAUUUUCGGCCGGUGUGACUUAUAAUCCGAAAAAUACGGUACUAUUAAUUGUUUUUUUUUAUAGCUUUUUUAAAUUGGUGUUUGUUGUUUUCAUAUAGAACCUGAAUGUCGCUUUAGCUACACUUGUGCGGCACAGCUUUUGUAUAUUUUGGAUUUCCAAAGAAGCACUUUUUGCAUUUAUUACACCAAAAGCCUUACGUAUAAUAACACAAUAGCUCAGGGGCGUCCAAACUUUUGACACUGAUAAAAUCUUAACAUACGGGUGCCAUUUUCUUCUUUUUAAUUGGAUGGAUUUUUUUUAACAUAUAGGGCUCCCCUCACAUUUGGUACCUGGGACCCAGAAGGGUUUCAGUUAUAAAAAUGUUAAAAUGAAGUCAUAUAUAUAUUUUUUUAACACUUAUGUCUCGAGAGCAACUCCAGAUCUAUGUAUCGAUAUGAAGUUGUUCUGUUGUUUUUAUGUUUAAUGCCCUUUUUUUUUUUUUAAAUAAAUUACUUUUUUUGUGGCAAAAAGACAAAAUAUGCAACAUUUUCCCCAUCAAAAGUAACUGGAGACUUAAAUAGGUCAGUAAUUGUUAAUGUUGAUUUUGAUUCAUUGUCUUCUGUUUUUUUUUUUUUUAAAAGAUCUCACUAUAAUUCUCAGGGUCAUUAAACUACUUAACACUCAAAAAAGUGUAAACAAUAAAUCAUACAUUUUGUAUUUAAUAUUUUUAACACUUAAGUCUCCAGAUCAACUUCAGAUCUAUUUGUUGAGUAUCAUUUCUUAUCAUUGUUUUGUGUUCUUUUUUUUUUAAUUUUGUUUUUUAAAUGCCCUUUUUAUCAAAGAAAACAUUUGUUUUGUUAAGGGCAGACACUAAAUAUGCAGUAUUUUCCCCAAAAAAUAUUUGAAAGUGGAAUAUUUAACGUGAAGUACUUUGAUCUUUCAAUAGGUACAUAAGUAAUUAACAACAAUGAUUUUGAUGUAUUAAUAUUUUUUGAAAACAGCCUACAUUGCAGCUUUUUCUCUUUCCAUUUUACCCGUAUGCUCUUUUAUUCCACUUUUGUAUGGUUUUUUUCUUUUAAUAGUAUUUUCAGAAGGUGCCACUGGCCACAUUCUGGACAACUCUGCAAUGGAUGAUAUCCUUGUGGUAAUAUUUCAACAGUAAUAAUGCUUACGAAAACCAGGAGUGUUUAUUGAACUUGUCUGUACUAGCUUUAAGUGUAUUUAUUUAUACUUUGCUAUGCGAAGAAUGUUAAUGGACACAAUUCAAAACAAUAUUAAAGACAAACUGGACUUAAUCAUA